GAUGGUCAGGUCUCCUCAUCCUGAGUCCAGCACAUCUUUGCGCACGCAGCUGCGCGCCGCAGCGCUCCCACUUCUGAAGUGGAUCUCCAAGCGACGAGAGCGCACACGAGCAGCUCUCGCACUCUCUGUAAAUGUGCGUUCAUGAGGCCGAAUCAUGAUACGCUAAAUCCCAUCCUGCAGUCAUUGCGGAUCACCGUGGACCCGCGGACAGUCUGCGUGGGUCAGCAGCCUGCAGGAACAGUUCUGCCAAGACGCGGCGCUUCGUAAAGGUCUGCUCUGCGAGACCUUGAGGUGUGCAAAGUGAGAACCGAAAAACCAGUUGGCAAAGGUGAAGUCUGGACCGGAUGUGCUUUUGGCAUUACAUCUACAAAUAUUUUCCUGUGGAUUACUAAUCACCUCUCAAGAAAGUGCCGACAACAGCUAAGUAGCAGUACAGGGGGUUAAUGCUCAUGAAGGUUCUCUCCUGGCAUUUCUCCAACACAGUCUCUCAUCGAACCUUAGUGUGAGCAGAGAGAGCAGACAUGAUGGUGCUCAGUUCCUUCUCUUGGCCUCAGCUAAAAUGGCUGUGCUUGGGCUCACUACUUUGUCUUCUGUCAGUAGUAGAUGGCAAAGAAUGUCCUCAUCUAUGCGUGUGCGAGAUCCGCCCAUGGUUCACUCCCCAGUCAACCUACAAGGAGGCACUGACGGUGGACUGCAAUGACUUGAGGCUCACUCACAUCCCCAUUAAUCUGUCCACAGACACCCAAGUACUGCUGCUGCAAAGCAAUGCUAUCUCUCACACCAGUGGAGAGCUGGAGGCACUGUUCAACUUAACAGAGUUAGACCUGUCCCAAAAUAACUUCAGCACCGUGGAAGCGGUAGGUCUCACAAGCAUGAAUCAUCUGACCACCCUUCAUCUAGAGGAGAACCAGAUCAGCCAGCUGCCAGACCACUGCCUGCGAAACCUUCCCAACCUCCAGGAGCUCUAUAUCAACCACAACCAAAUAAGUUCCAUCUCUCCAAGGGCAUUUGCAGGCUUGUACAACUUGCUGCGCCUUCACCUCAACUCCAACAGGAUUAAUGUCAUAGACAGCCGCUGGUUUGAAGAAACACCAAAACUUGAGAUCCUCAUGAUUGGGGAGAACCCAGUCAUUGGCCUUCUGGACAUGAACUUUAAACCACUGAGAAACCUGAGGAGUCUGGUUCUGGCUGGUAUGGACCUGACCGAUGUUCCAGGAAACGCAUUUGUAGGUUUGGAUAACCUGGAAAGCAUUUCCUUCUAUGACAACAAACUCGUCAGGAUACCCCAACUGGCUCUUCAGAAAGUUCCUAACCUGAAGUUCUUGGACUUAAACAAAAACCCAGUUCAAAAACUUGAAGAAGGAGACUUUAGAAAUAUGUUGCACCUGAAGGAGUUGGGUAUCAACAACAUGAUGGAGCUGGUUGCUAUUGAUCAGUUUGCACUGGAUAACCUACCAGAACUGACAAAGCUGGAGGCCACCAACAAUCCUAAGCUGUCAUAUGUCCAUAAGAUGGCCUUUAGGGACAUGCCUUUCCUGGAGAGCUUGAUGCUCAACAAUAAUGCUCUCACUGCCCUCUACCACCACACUGUGGAUGUGUUGCCCAAUUUGCGUGAGAUCAGUUUGCAUAGCAACCCUUUGCGCUGCGACUGCGUCAUUCAGUGGAUGAGUUCCAACAAGACCACAGUACGCUUCAUGGAGCCCUUGGCCAUGCUGUGUGCCUCCCCAACAGAGCUCAGAGGCCGGCGAGUAAGAGAGCUAAGGUUGCUGGAGUCACCAGAGCAGUGCCUCCCCCUCAUAUCUCAUGACACCUUCCCUAGCCACUUAAACCUUGAGCUGGGCAUGAGCGUCAGUCUGGACUGUCGGGCCAUGGCUGAGCCAGAACCAGAAAUUUAUUGGGUGAGUCCUCUUGGAACCAAAAUCACCAUGGACACUGUGUCAGAAAGGUAUCAUUUGAGCAGUGAUGGGACCCUACGAUUGUCCCAUGUGCAUAUAGAAGAUUCUGGUCUUUACACUUGUGUAGCUCAAAACCCAGAGGGUGCUGACACACGGGUCAUCACCAUCCGGGUAAAUGGAACUCUGCUUGACAGUGCUGAAAUAUUGAAAAUCUAUGUCAAGCAGACUGAGUCACACUCCAUCCUGGUGUCCUGGAAGGUAAAUUCUAAUGUUAUGUCCUCCAAUCUCAAGUGGGCUUCAGCCACCAUGAAGAUCGACAACCCCCACAUCACCUAUACAGCACGUGUUCCUGUAGAUGUUCAUGAGUACAACCUCACGCACCUACAACCUGCCACCGAGUAUGAAGUAUGCCUCACGGUUUCCAACAUUAAUCUGCAGACACACAAAUCUUGCGUUAAUGUAACAACACGUAGCACCACCUUUGCUUUGGACUUUUCUGAACAGCAUCCGAGUGCUGCUGUACUGGCUGUCAUGGCAACUAUGCUGGUCUUCAUCAGUUUGGCCACUGUUGGGGUCUACGUGGCACGCAAAUGGAAGAGAAAAAACUACCACCACUCCCUGAAGAAAUACAUGCUGAAGACCUCCUCCAUCCCACUGAAUGAACUUUAUCCUCCUCUCAUCAACCUGUGGGAGGCUGACAGUGAGAAGGACAAAGAUGGUAGCACAGAGGGGAAACCCUUUCCAGUUGACACAACGCGUAGCUAUUACAUGUGGUGAGGAUUCAGCAAGGAGGCCUGGCUGCCUCUUAAGCAGCACAAAAAGACACAUUUUUUGCCAUUUUGGUGCAAAAGUUGACAAAAGUUGCAAAUGUUUUUGUAUUCUCAGCUUUGCUAAUAAAAGGCAGAGUUAUUAAAGAAAGGGUUUUUAUUAGUAUAGCGCAUCACCUUUCUUUAAUUCUGACUCGCUUGGACUCUCUAAGACGGUAGCUGUAUGUAGCUUCCAGGAUUUCUUAGUUGCUAUUUUCUGUUUUUGUGCUGCAUUUUUGAUUCACUUAUAUUCUGAUUAAUAACACAGAAGCAGACGCCAGUGGUCUGUGUGGGGUAUUAGUGGAGAUCGCUGUUACUUUCUACACCUUGUAAAACAGGUAAUCUGUUGUGCACUGAUAGAUGCUGGAGUUUUAUCAACUUCAAUUAAAAGCUGACACAUGGGUUUAGACUUGUUACACUACUGUCUACUGAAUGUUAGCAAUUGUGCAGUAAUGUUGUAUCAACUAUCUUUGAACAUUUGAUUUAAAGUUAGAGAAUAGAAUUUAGUUUGAAGACAAAUGUGCUGGUAAAUGCUAGAAACAUUUUUUUUAAAAUAAGGUGCACUAGAAACGUUUUAAAAAAUUCUUUCUCAGUUUACUUGCAUUUAUUUUGCUAUACAUUGUGAGUUGCUUAGUUUAUGAUUUUCACAUGCAAUAUGUACUGAAGAAGUAAAAAUAAAAAUAUUUGUUUCUUUUACAAA